GUCUAUAACUCGGAGCCGUUGGGUCGGUUCCUGCUAUUCCGGCGCCUCCACUCCGUCCCCCGCGGGUCUCCUGUGUGUGCAAUGGACGGCAUCGUCCCAGACAUAGCAGUUGGUACAAAGGUAGGCACUUCUGGACGUGGUUCCCUCUUUUCCUCUUUCCUGUUUCUUGGACCCUGAUCUCACGCUGACCCUGCUGCAGGGCUCGUGUCCCCCGGCAGUGUGGAGGGCAGCGGGCAGAGGGUGUGCAGGCUGGUCCCUGCCAGCACCAGGUCUGGCCAAGCUGGUCUGGUGGCUUCUCGCAUUCAAGGUGUUGCUGGACUUUUUUCGUGCCCCUUUUCCCCACACCAAAAUUCAGAGCUAUGGGGUCCUGCUAUGGUAACACAGUUCCCAGUUUGGGGGGGGGUGUUGCAUGAUGGGGUGACAGGGCUUCUGUAGUUGGUAGUCUGUUGAAAAAGUUGCAAUCUGUUUGCACCCCGAGCAGCUUCUAGGGUGGGUGGUGGGAUCAGAGGACUCCUGGGGCCCUAGGGUAGUUAGAGGUUGCUUUAAUGACGUCCUCGGUUCAGGUAAUUUUUGCUCUGAAAAACUCUGUAUGACUCUUCUCGAGGUAACGGAAAAUGGAGACCAGUCUGUGUGUAGACGCGCAGCACCUGGACGUUUGAACAUACAAGUGGUGCGGAGCUGGCUGGGCGCUCUGUCCCCACAGCAGGGCCUGUGAGCACCCCAGAGGAACAGGUCCUCUGGGGCUGUGUCCUGGCUGGAGUGUCCUCUUCAGGACCAGAUUCUGGGUCUCCUACAGAUGGCUCCCAUGUCCCCAGCAGGCAGCCAGCUGGUUUCUGGUCGGCCAGCCAUGAGGCCUGGGCCUGGUUUCAGUUUUCCCAAACGGACUCUUGUCUUCACACGCUGCCUGUCCCGAUCUUCCUGCAGAUAAAACCUGUUUGUUUGGUGGCGGGAGGGGGAGAGAGACUUUGAUGUGAAGCGUUUGUAACAGUCACAAUUCUCCUGCUUCUGUGGGAGCCAUUUUCAGCUGGAGAAGCUCUUCCAAGGGAUGUUCUCCUAUUGUGUUCCCAGGGGACAUAUGCUUCCAGAGUCAGGCCUAGGAUAGAAAUAGGAUAGAAGCCGUGAGGCUCUACCCCAGUGGAGAGCUCAGGCCUCUGUGCCCCAAGUCAGUGCUGGUUUCAAGCAGUGUUAACAGUGGCACUUUGCUGUUGAUAAGGUUUUACAGUAGCAAGCACGCUUAGGGGCCCUUUGCUGUUGAUACUGAGUUGAUUCCUGGGCAGUUAUGGACAGUGGCUCCACCAGUACUAGUGGCGAAGAGCCGUCACCCCAGUCCACCAUGGCAUGCACCCGCCCUGCCGGGGAGUUGGGGGCAGUGUGUUCUUCAGAGUAUCUAGCUAAGGGGACAUUGCCUGAUGAAUCACAGGUCACUGCCUGCACCUGGAUGCCCCUGUGCUGGGGGGAGGGGGCUGUGUCCAGGAGGGAGGUUUGGGGGAGGUGGGGGUGACCAAGUGGGCAGGAUUUAUUCUGUAGAUGUUGGCACUCCAGACUUUGCCAGGAGAGCAUAGUCAGAGCCAGGACUCACCCCUCCCCAGGGAAUUUUGGCCCCACCUGUCAAAGAUAGGAGCCAAGAUGCUCUAUUAAAGGUCAUGUAGCAAGCAUAUGGGAGCUCUGUGGUGGGUCUCUGUCCAGCUCAAGCCAGGAAACUGUUGUGUGCCUGAGGGGAGGGGUGGGUUAGGGCUCCAAGUUCUGAGAUGGGAGGACACAUUCCUACCACUUGGACUUGGAUGGGGGUACUCUUGCCUGCCCUUGGUGGCAGCAGUGGCUCAGGUGCACUCUGGGUGACUCUGUUCAGGGCUGAGACUGGUCUGGCUGCCCUGAGCCUUGAAGUGCCCAGGUGAGUUCAAGUUGAGACAGGUCAUGUCAGCUUGUUCUGGUUGGUGAUUUUUAAUGUUUUACUUUGUUAAUAUCACACCCCAGUUCAUGAGCAGCCUGCAUUGCUAUCCUUUUUUGGACUCAGAUAGGGCCUGAGUUGCCUAGCUUUGAGCCUUUGCAACUUCCCUCAGUGGGCCUUGGGCCCUGAGGGCGGCAUCGUGUGGAGGCCUUUGCAUGAUUGUCCAACCUGGGGUCUGGGCUCAGAAUCACGGCCAUAGUAGGAGCCUCACCAUGCCUGUUUUUUGUCCUGAGGGGCAGAUCGGCAUCUCUUUGGUUUACUGCACCCUCUUUGGAGGGGACAGGCUUGGGGGUGAGGUUUCUGAGGAGUUCUAGGGCAUCUUGGCCCUGGACCAAGGGAAGGUAGGGUGACCACCUGGACAAGUAAGUGGCAACUACUUUGGCAGUUUGGGGGAGGGGCAGAGUUAAGGUGUCCUUGUUGAAGGGGCGAGGCCCAGGCCUGCUGGUCUUUCCUGUUCCCACAAGUGGGGCCUCAGGGGGAGGGCGCCAGGGGCCUUGAAAUCCUCCAGAGGCUGUUUGGGGAGGGGCUCAGUUCCUGAUGGGGAGCCCCUGUACCACGGGAGGAGUUGGUCCUUAAGUCUGUGGUCGGGUUCUGCCCUCCCAGGGUCCACAUGAUGUGGUUCUGGGGAGCUGGCUUACCGGAUGGAGACCAGUGAGUGAGCCUCUUGUUUUUGGAGGCUAGUGGACAGAUGCAGGGAGCCCACCUGCAGGGGCACUUCCUCACCUGGGAGUCACCCAGGUGCCUGCCACUGGGAGAGCUAGUGUUUCCAGCUCGGGUUUCCUCAGACCGGAAAAUAGGACAGGCUCUUGCAGCUGAGCAGUGGCUGCAGCAUGACAAGGGGGCUUUGUCCUUGUGGGCUUGUCACUAUCUUGCUAUGGGUAGGGCUCAGCCCGUGGCCUGGGCCUGCUAUGGGGUGGCCAAUCCAAGCCCUGUGCAGACUGGGGGUGGGGGCACAGAAGGUUGAGAGGCCUGUGACAUGCAGUGCCCCACUGGGGCCUCUCAGGUGGGGUGAGGAGCUGUGUCUUGAGGUGAAGGACCAGAGGCCCUUGGGGGUGGGGAGGAGGGAGGGUCAGGGUGUGCUGGGGCGGGGGGUGGGCUGUGGCAAGGACACUCCAUUCCAGCCAGGUCAUCUCUUACAGCGGGGAUCUGACGAGCUCUUCUCUGCCUGUGUCACUAACGGACCCUUUAUCAUGAGCAGCAACUCGGCCUCCACAGCAAAUGGAAAUGACAGCAAGAAAUUCAAGGGGGACAACAGAAGUGCAGGGGUGCCGUCCAGAGUGAUCCACAUCCGGAAGCUCCCCAGCGAUGUCACUGAGGGGGAGGUCAUAUCCCUGGGACUGCCUUUCGGCAAGGUCACCAAUCUCCUGAUGCUGAAAGGGAAAAACCAGGCCUUCAUCGAGAUGAACACUGAGGAGGCCGCCAACACCAUGGUGAACUACUACACGUCAGUGACCCCUGUGCUACGCGGCCAGCCCAUCUACAUCCAGUUUUCCAACCAUAAGGAGCUCAAGACAGACAGCUCUCCCAAUCAGGCGCGGGCCCAGGCAGCCCUGCAGGCAGUGAACUCAGUCCAGUCAGGAAAUCUGGCCCUGGCUGCCUCGGCUGCAGCAGUAGAUGCAGGAAUGGCAAUGGCCGGCCAGAGCCCGGUGCUCAGGAUCAUUGUAGAGAACCUCUUCUACCCGGUGACCCUGGACGUGCUGCACCAGAUUUUCUCCAAGUUUGGCACCGUCCUGAAAAUCAUCACCUUCACCAAGAACAACCAGUUCCAGGCACUGCUGCAGUACGCCGACCCUGUGAGCGCCCAGCACGCCAAGCUGUCACUGGACGGGCAAAAUAUCUACAAUGCCUGCUGCACCCUGCGCAUCGAUUUCUCCAAGCUCACCAGCCUCAAUGUCAAGUACAACAACGACAAGAGCCGUGACUACACUCGCCCUGACCUGCCUUCUGGUGACAACCAGCCCUCACUGGACCAAACCAUGGCCGCUGCCUUCGGUGCACCUGGUAUAAUGUCAGCCUCCCCGUAUGCAGGAGCUGGUUUCCCUCCCACCUUUGCAAUUCCUCAAGCCGCAGGCCUCUCUGUCCCUAACGUGCAUGGGGCCCUGGCUCCUCUGGCUAUCCCGUCAGCAGCGGCAGCGGCGGCAGCAGCAGGCCGGAUCGCCAUUCCAGGUCUGGCAGGGGCAGGAAAUUCCGUCCUGCUGGUCAGCAACCUCAAUCCCGAGAGAGUCACACCCCAAAGCCUCUUUAUUCUUUUCGGCGUAUAUGGUGAUGUGCAGCGGGUGAAGAUCCUGUUCAACAAGAAGGAGAAUGCCCUGGUGCAGAUGGCAGACGGGAGCCAGGCUCAGCUGGCCAUGAGCCACCUCAAUGGGCACAAGCUGCAUGGAAAGCCCGUGCGCAUCACGCUCUCCAAGCACCAGAACGUGCAGCUGCCUCGUGAGGGCCAGGAGGACCAGGGCCUCACGAAGGACUAUGGCAACUCGCCCUUGCACCGUUUCAAGAAGCCGGGCUCCAAGAACUUCCAGAACAUCUUCCCACCCUCGGCCACCUUGCACCUCUCCAAUAUCCCGCCCUCCAUCUCUGAGGAAGAUCUCAAGAUUCUCUUCUCCAGCAACGGUGGUAUCGUCAAAGGGUUCAAGUUCUUCCAGAAGGACCGCAAGAUGGCACUGAUCCAGAUGGGCUCUGUGGAGGAAGCCAUCCAGGCGCUUAUUGACCUGCACAACCACGACCUGGGUGAGAACCACCACCUGCGCGUGUCUUUCUCCAAGUCCACCAUCUAGGCCGCUGUGGACCAGCCUGCCGGGCACCCGGCAACAACUUCCAUCAUUCCAGAAAAAAAGCCACUUUAAAAGCAGCUGAAGUGACCUUAAAAGACCAGAGAUUUUAUUUUUUUAAAAGAGAAAUCAGUUUACCUGUUUUUAAAAAAUUAAAUCUAAAUCUUUUGUUCACCUUGGGGAGAUGGGGUGCUGGCCUCAGGCCCUUGGUGACAGUCAGCACAGCCUGCUCCCAGCCCCUCGCCUGUGCCUUCUGCAGCCUGUGGGCGGGCGCUCCCAAACCUCCACUUGGCUCUCUUGUGCCUUAAACCCGCUGCUCUGGCAGGGCCUUGUUGGGGUGUUAAGACGCGUAGGGGUUUGGGGGCCCAAGGACUCCACCUCCCGUGGGAUCAUGUGCCUGGUGUUGUGGGAGGCUGCAGGCGUCUGGCCGACACCCCUAAUCCUUUAAUCAAGUGUGUGAUUUCCCCCCUCCCCAGCCCCAAGGGCCUUCCUUGGUUGGGUGAGACCCCAGGGUGUGUCCCUGUGCUUCUUCAGCUCUGUUUCCACUGUAAUCUCUGUAUUAUGCUUUGAUGCAGCUGCAGACGUCGUGCCUAGCAAUAUUUCCAGUUGACCAAAUAUUCUAAUCUUUUUCAUUUAUAUGCAAAAGAAAUAGUUUUAAGUAACUUUUUAUAUAGCAAGAUGAUAAAAAUUGUAUGAGUGUAACCUAAUUUUUCUCCUUGUGCUAUGACCUUGUAUACUGUACUUUUAUUUUAUUCCUUGGCAGUAAGUUGCAGGGCAGGUUCUAGUUUCCAGGGCAGACACAGCGGGGCCGGCAAGGCGCCGGGGCGCGAAGCCCAGGCUCUGUCUGAGACCUCCAGAUGCCUUACACCCAGCUGUCCUCUAGUGAGGACAGGCGCUCUUAAACUUUCAGGGUUUCUUUUUUUCCUGAAAAUUUUGGACCAAAGUUUUGUUUCUGCUUCAUGUCUGCCUCUAUUGCUGGGACCCCAGGAGGUGGGGCAGCUGCCCUUCCGUCUUAGUGCCUCGUCCUGCAUCCGGGUCCAGGGGGCUCCCUGUGCAGACCUUGUGCUGGUCAGCUCCCCCCUUUGGGGCCUGGACCUCCAAUUUCCGUGUGGGGUGGAACAAGGGUGUAAAUAUUUAUAAUUUUUUAUACCUGUUGUAAGACGUGAGAGGCAGCAGCAAAUGCGGUUUUUUACGGUGACACAGAUGUAUAUUUUGAUAACAGCAAUUACAGGCCCAGUAUUGUACGGAGCAUGGCAGUCCACUGCCCACCGCCGGCUUGUAAUGCAGAGAGAACUGAAUUAAAGCAAUUUUAUAACAACUCCUA